AAGUCGCGGGAGCCGGCGCUGAGCGAGCCCAACCGGCUGUAGGAGUGAGCGCUCUGUUCCCUUGGGGCAAGGCCCUUCUCUACAUGAAAAGCCAGCAAGAGGUGGAGGUGACAGGAAUUGAACUUGUUAAAGCCAUGUCCUUGAGCUUGGUGACUUUCACAGAUGUGGCCGUAGACUUCUCCCAGGAUGAGUGGGAGUGGCUGAGCCCUGCCCAGAGGAGUCUCUACAGGAAGGUGAUGCUGGAGAACUACCGGAGCUUGGUUUCAGUGGGUCUUUGCAUUUCUAAACCAGACGUGAUCUCCUUACUGGAGCAGGAGCAGGAGCCCUGGAUGGCACAAGGAGAAGGAGCCAGGGGCCUGGGCCCAGACCUGGAGUGUAUGUGGGUGACUAAGGAAUCAUCUCCAGAUCUGGACAGAUGUGAGGAGAGAUUAUCCCAGGCAGCAGGAUUGGGAAGACCUAGAAGCAGUGGCCUUGAGUGCCCCACGUUAGGGGAGGACUGGAAGAGUGGAGACCUGCUGAAGAGACAGCUGGUAGGUCAGGGGACCUGUUCUAGGCAAGACACCCUUGUUGAGGAAAGAGACCAUUCUACCAUAUCCAGGACAGGGUUCUGCCUGAACACGUUGUCUUACAUAACACAGAUUCUUCCCUUGGGGGAGAGAAUGUAUGAUUUUGAUAGAGAUAAGAAAACCCAUUCAGUUCUAAAAAAACACAAGCAAGUCUGUGGAGAAAAGAAACUUUUGAAAUGUAAUGACUGUGAGAAAACGUUCACCAAAAUUUCGACUCUUACACUUCAUCAAAGAAUUCAUUCUGGAGAGAGACCCUAUGAGUGUGCUGAAUGUGGGAAGGCCUUCAGCCAGAGUGCCCACCUUGCCCAGCACCAGAGAGUCCACACGGGGGAGAGGCCCUUUGAGUGUGCCGAAUGUGGGAAGGCCUUUAGCCAGAACGCUCAUCUUACGCAGCACCAGAGAGUGCACACGGGAGAAAAGCCGUACCUGUGCAAGGAGUGUGGCAAGGCCUUCAGCCAGCUCGCUCACCUGGCUCAGCACCAGAGGGUGCACACGGGAGAGAAGCCCUUUGAGUGUGUGGAAUGUGGGAAGGCCUUCGGGGACUGUUCCUCUCUGGCUCACCACCGGAGGAUCCACUCUGGGAAGAGGCCCUACCAGUGCGUCGACUGUGGGAAAGCCUUCCGGCAGAACGCUUCCCUGGUGCGCCACCGGCGGUACUACCACACUGGAGAGAGGCCCUUUGACUGCGUUGACUGUGGGAAAGCCUUCACAGAUCACAUAGGGCUCGUCCAGCACAGGAGAGUCCACACCGGAGAGAGGCCUUACGGGUGCAGCGUGUGCGGGAAGGCUUUCAGUCAUGGCUCGUCUUUGACCGUGCAUCAGAGAACUCACACAGGAGAGAAGCCCUACGAGUGUGCCGCCUGCGGAAAAGCCUUCAGCCACCGCGGCUCGCUGACGCUGCACCAGAGGGUGCACACGGGAGAGAAGCCCUACGAAUGUGAGGAGUGCGGGAAGGCCUUCCGGCAGAGCACCCACCUCGCCCACCACCAGAGGAUUCAUACUGGCGAGAAGCCGUAUGCCUGCCAGCACUGCGGCAAGGCCUUCAGCCAGCAUGCGCACCUGCGGCAGCAUCGGAAGGUGCACAGCGGAGAGAACCCUCACGAGUGCCGCAUGGAGUGCCGGUCGUGCGGCAAGGCCGUGGGUCAGGGCGCACACCUCCCUCAGUACACUGGAGAGAAGCCUUUUGAGUGUGAGUGUGUGCAGUGUGGGAAGGCCUUCAGCGAUGGCUCCUAUCUUGUUCAGCACCAGAGACUACACACUGGCAAAAGGCCCUACAUGUGCCUGGAGUGUGGGAAGGCAUUCAGACAGAGGACAUCCCUGAUCUGUGAUGGGCGAUGUCACACCGGCGAGAAACCUUACGCGUGUGAUGUUUGUGGGAAAGCCUUUAGCCUUCGUAAAUGCGUGACUCUACAUCAGAGAGUCCACACGGGAGAGAAGCCUUACGAGUAUAAGGAAUGCAGCAAAGCCUUCAGCCAGACUGCCCAUCUGACUCUGCAUCAGAGAGUCCACCCUGGAGAGAGACCCUAUGAGUGCACUGCAUGUGGGGAGGCCUUCCCACAGGGUGUGCAUUCUGGAGUCGCCUCAGCCCUGCCCUCCUUACUCCCCUGCCACCAGGGCUUGUGGAGCCCGGCUUCUAAAUGCCUCUAGACUGCCAUUUCCCAGUCCAUGUCCAUUCAUGACAGUCCAGUACACAAUUUCAUUUUUUUCCAGCUCAGUCUUUUAAAUUAAAAAUACGUGCUCAUGU